GGCAGCUGGCGGAGCCGCCCAGCCCGUGUGCACGUGGCGCCGGCGCUGCCUUUCGGUUGCCAAAAUUCAGGCUGUAGACGGCGAGGUUAGCCAGGGUUAGGACUUGGGCAGGAAGACACAGAAGGCUGUUUGUAAACGGUCUAGGAUUUUUUGUUUGUUUUUGAGACAGGGUCUCCCUCUGUCGCCCAGGCUGGAAUGCAGUGGCGCGAUCUUGGCGGUGAUCCUGGCUCACUGCAGCCUCGACCUCCCAGACUCAAGCGAUCCACCCAUCUCGACCGCCCAAGUAGCUGAGACUACAGGCGCGCGCCAUCACGCCCCACUACUUGUUAUUUUUUUGUAGAGACGGUGUCUUGCUAUGUUGCCCAUGCUGGUCUCAAACUCCUGGGCCCAAGCAAUCCUCCCACGUCGGCUUCCCUGAUCGCUGGGAUUACAGGCUUGAGCCACCGCGCCUGGCCACGGUCUAGGAUCUUUAAUCCCAUUUAGCACACCCCGUUGAGCCAGCAGCUCACCUGCGAUCUUCGUGGCAUGGAGUUUUUAACUGUGGAGCCCCCGGGCCCCCGGGUGGAGUUGAGACUGGAAGGAAAGGCCGGCACUGGGGCCUGUUGAGCGGGUGGAGGGCUCGCCUUCCUCCAGCGCCUGCAGAGGCUUGGGCAGAUAACAAGUUUAAAACCCUGGCUAAGCCAGAAGAGCCAAAGUGGGACCUCGCCAAGGCCACUCCUCGCUCUCUAGGCCGAGAAUACUGCGGAAAUUCUGCGAGGUUUGAGCCUGGCGGCUCUCCGUUCCCGACCCCCGGCGUGGACGCGUUCCCGCGCUUUCUGGCGUGAGGGGUCAGAGGGCGCGCCGACGCGCAGGCAAACGGAGUGGAGGCGGCAGCGGCCAUGGGCGAAGCGGGUGCCGCUGAGGAGGCCUGCCGGCACAUGGGAACUAAAGAGGAAUUUGUUAAAGUCAGAAAGAAGGACCUGGAACGCCUGACAACUGAAGUGAUGCAAAUACGGGACUUCUUACCCAGAAUACUAAAUGGGGAGGUGCUGGAGAGCUUCCAGAAAUUAAAGAUUGUAGAAAAAAACCUGGAAAGGAAAGAGCAAGAAUUAGAGCAGCUGAAAAUGGAUUGUGAGCACUUUAAAGCCCGCCUGGAAACCGUGCAGGCUGACAACAUAAGAGAGAAGAAGGAGAAACUGGCUCUUCGACAGCAGUUGAAUGAAGCGAAGCAGCAACUCCUGCAGCAGGCAGAGUAUUGCACAGAAAUGGGAGCAGCAGCCUGUACCCUCUUGUGGGGUGUCUCCAGCAGUGAGGAAGUCGUCAAGGCCAUUUUGGGAGGAGAUAAAGCUUUGAAGUUUUUCAGCAUCACUGGUCAAACAAUGGAGAGUUUUGUGAAGUCAUUAGAUGGUGAUAUCAAGGAGCUUGAUUCGGAUGAAAAUCAGUUUGUUUUUGCUCUGGCUGGAAUUGUAACAAAUGUUGCUGCUAUAGCAUGUGGUCGUGAAUUCUUGGUUAAUUCAAGCCGGGUGCUCUUGGACACCAUAUUGCAGCUUCUGGGAGACUUGAAGCCAGGACAGUGUACCAAACUCAAAGUGCUAAUGCUGAUGUCCCUGUACAAUGUAAGCAUCAAUUUGAAAGGCCUGAAAUACAUCAGCGAGAGUCCAGGAUUCAUCCCUUUGCUGUGGUGGCUUUUGAGUGAUCCAGAUGCAGAGGUGUGCCUUCAUGUACUGAGGCUUGUCCAGUCUGUGGUUCUGGAACCUGAAGUCUUCUCCAAGUCGGCCUCUGAGUUCCGGAGCUCCCUGCCCCUGCAACGCAUCCUGGCAAUGUCCAAGAGCCGCAACCCCCGCCUGCAAACUGCAGCCCAGGAGCUCCUGGAAGAUCUCCGCGCUCUGGAGCAUAAUGUGUAGGUGUGCUCGGCCACCAGGGUUUUGGUGAAAAUGCCAGUGUCCCUUCUCCCCAGAUCCCUCAUUUGAUACUCCAAAACCAUCACCAUGUGCCAUGUGUUAGAGUUGGCAAAAUGUGAUUGACUGGAGAUGGACGUGAAUUGCUAUGUGUCCCACGUAGCUUGUCUUGGAGGUGGGAGCACUUGCAGGUGGCUGGUUAAGCUUGCCAAAGCAGAGGCCAUGAAAGAGCCCGUCCUUCCGGAAAAGUGGUCCAUGUCUGUGCUGGCUGGAAGAGGGCCUGCUUAGGGCAGCUUCUUGCUGCUUAGCAGGCCAUGACCUGUAGGUUCACCAUAAAACAGGGAAAUUAAAUAACCGUCUACCCCAUUAGUCGGCAUUUUCCUGAGAUUCAUUUCUUUGAAAAGCAAUUCAUUCUCUCUCUAGUAAUUGUAAUUAAUCCCCCCAAAAUGCAAGUUUACUUUUAUAACCUUUUGGUGAACCUGCUAUUUCGGAUGACAUUGGACAUUGUAGUUCUAUAUUUUUUGUGCCUCUUUUAUUUUUGAAUAAAGAAAGUCAGAAGAGUUGUAUUACGACCCUUGCUGUCUGAAAUCUAAACUUGAUACUAGGAAGUUGAUCUUUGCAUAUUACCAUGCUGCUCUUGGUUGGUGGGAAAAAAAAAACUCUCCUUAAACUGUUCUGGGCCCUUUGGCUAUAAACUUAGAAGUCCUAUUUUUCUUAUAACAAAUGCUGUAAAAACAACUUGUAUAAUAGAUUAGAACACAUGCAGUUAGUUGAGAUUCCAUAAAUGAAAUGAUAGUUCCUGCUCCCUUUUUGUGCAUGGGUGUGCCUGUGUGCCAGGGCCCUGCCAUGUCUGUGUUAUCUACCUACUGGUUGCCGUCCAGCUUGUUUUCUAGGCCACUGGCAGAGAACAAGGGAGAAUACACUUCAUUUCUCACGGACACCAUGAUUGGUGAGAGUUGCCUUUUGUGUUAGUCUGCUUUCACACUGCUAUAAAGAAAUGCCUGAGACUUGGUAAUUUAUAGAGGAAAGAGGUUUAAUUGACUCACAGUUCACUGUGGCUGGGGAGGUCUCAGGAAACUUACAAUCAUGGUUGAAGGGGAAGCAAGGCACCUUCUUCUCAAGGUGGCAGGAAGGAGAAUGAAUGCAGGAGAACCUACCAAAUAUUUAUAAAACCAUCAGCUCUCUUGAGAACUCACUAUCACGAGAACAGCAUGGGGGAGACCGCCCCCAUAAUCCAGUCACCUCCACCUGCUCUCUCCCAUAAUCCACACGCGGGGAUUAUGGGGAUUGUAAUUCAGGAUGCGAUAUGGGCCUAACCGUAUCACCAUUUAAAUCAAUCCUCAAAGUCACGUCACGGGAACACAUUCCCUUCUUUUCCUGGGCUGCUUCCUUCAGUGUGAUGCUGGAGGGCUGCUGGGCUCUGGGCAUGCUGUAAGAGCAAAACAAAUGCAGGUGCACCCCACCAGUGGCAGCCCCAUCUACAAGAAUAAGCUGUUUUGUUGCAUAUGGCAUUUUAGAGUAACUUCGUUUUUCUUUUAAGUAGAUUUUUAUAGGCAGUGUGCAAUUUAAGGCUGAGGCUGAGUGAAGAAGUGUAGAGGAAGGCACAGUUGCUUGGAUUUCACGAGCCAGCAUAUUGUGGAACACUAGCUCAUCUGAGCCAGAGGAAUGUUGCAAAAGGCAAUUUAAAAUUCAUGGAGGUAGAAAUCGAUCCAUCUGUGCUGUGUGGUUCUGUAGGUCCUGAUUAUUGGUGAAUAAAAUUAAGAAUGUUGUGUUUCUAUACUU